AUGGGCGACAUUGGCGGGGAAACAUUUCUCGAUUCCGAGAUGCCGCAAGAAUUAAACGAUCUCCUGUCUUUUGUACGGACAAAUUCUCCAUAUUAUCAAAGACUCUGGAGAAAUGUCCCAUCUGACGGAUCCGCUUCACUUGAUCAGUAUCCAGUAGUUGAUCAUGCCUCAUACUGGACUGCCAACACUUGUAUGAAUAGCCAAGUACUUACAGGCCCCCAUGUAAGCGGAAUAGUCCUCAAGACUGGUGGGACGACAAGUCAUCCGAAAGUGACUUUUUACACGAAAGACGAACUUCGCAUGGCAAGUCAACAACUUGGCCUGGGCAUACUUGCGGCAGGCGUUCGUUCUCAUGAUCGGGUUGCCAAUCUCUUUUAUGCCGGAGAGAUGUACGGGAGCUUUCUCUUGCAUGUCUUGUCCAUCAUGGACCUGACAAUUCCGCUGGUACACCUUCCAAUCGGUGGAUCAUGUGCCUCAGAAACUACCAUCCAGUACAUGCGGGAGUCGUCAGCAACUGUCGUCUUCUCGACUGUCACCACACUUGUCAAGCUCGCCGAGUAUCUCUUGGAACGGCAAGAAGUAAUGCCGGGAAUCCGUGUGCUCAUGUUCUCUGGGGAGGCCUUCUACGAAGACCAACGUAGCAGAGUUUCACAUGCUUUCCCAGGGGCCAUGAUCAGGUCGCUGAUCUAUGGAAGUAUUGACGCCGGUGCACUCGGAUACUCAACAUCAGAGAAUGACAGUCGACUGCAUGCUGUGUCGUCGCCGUAUGUGAUGCUGGAAAUUGCACCGGAUGGUUUGACGUCGACUAAAGCCAACGGCAUUCCAGGAUCUGUUCUGGUCACAAACAUGGGUCGUCGACUCCAGCCGGUCAUCCGAUAUCCCUCUGGGGAUCUCGCCGAAUGGGUCGACUAUGAGAAAGGAAUCUUCAGAGUGCUUGGUCGGGAUAUAAUCGGCGUUCGUAUUGGUCCAGUCUCGUUCGACACCAAGCAUCUCCGUCAGAUUGUAGCUUCGUCCUUGGACACAUCUGGAGAUUUAAGUGCUUUUCAGGCCGUAAUCUCGAGAGCCAACAUGAGAGACGUGCUGACCUUGAAUGUUGGUUUUCGGCCAGUGGAUGAGGAGGCAACUAAAAUAGCCAUAUCAGCAGCUUUGAAUGAUGCCCGACCGAUGUUCUUGGAUCAUGUCCAAAGAGGUCUCAUUGCGCCGCUGCAGAUUGAGUUCUUGGCUGUCGAAAGGUUCAAGAUCAGUCCCACGACGGGAAAGCUUGCCGAGUUGGUUGAUGAGCGUCCCACGAUGAUUUGA